ACCUACUGUACACAGGGAGCCACGCUGCACUGCUACUACCAGCUCUUGGAAGAAUACCUGGAAGCAAUCUCGGCGGGAAAGAGGGAAACAUGGCCCUUCAGUCAUGGAUUCUGACUUACUUGUGCCUGCUCUCCUCCGGAACUGGUGAGUUCUUCUUCAGAGCAAAUUAUUCCAGAAGCUAUCCCUGUGAUGAGAAAAUGGAAAAUGCCUCUGUGAUUGCAGAAUGCAAUGAUCGCCGACUACAAGAAGUUCCCCAAACUAUAGGCCAAUAUGUGACAGAAAUAAACUUGUCUGACAAUUCCAUCAUGCAUGUAACAAACGAGUCCUUUCGAGAGCUGCGAAACCUCAUUAAAAUAAAUCUGAACCACAAUGCCAAUCAAGCACACCCAAAUGAAAAUAAAACUGGUAUGAAUAUUACAGAUGGAGCAUUCCUCAACCUCAAAAAUCUGAAGGUGUUACUGCUUGAAGACAACCAAUUAUGUGCUAUGCCAACUGGCUUGCCUGAGUCUUUGAGAGAACUUAGCCUAAUUCAAAACAAUAUAAGUACGGUAACUAAAAACAACACUCUGGGGCUUCGGAACAUGGAGAGACUCUAUUUGGGCUGGAACUGCAAUUUUUCUUGUAAGCAAAACUUUAGCGUGGAAGAUGGGGCAUUUCAAAACCUUAUAAACUUGAAGGUGCUCUCCUUGUCUUUCAACAGGCUUUUCCACGUGCCUCCCAAACUACCAAGCUCCCUAAGAAAACUUUUCCUGAGCAAUGCCAAGAUUAUGACUAUCACGCAGGAAGACUUUAAGGGACUGGAACACUUAACAUUACUAGAUCUGAGUGGCAACUGUCCGAGGUGUUACAAUGCCCCUUUUCAAUGCACGCCUUGUGAAAAAAACUUGUCCCUCACCAUACAUCCCCUGGCUUUUCAAGGUCUCACCAAACUUCAAUAUCUAAACCUCUCCAGCACUUCCCUCCAGUCCAUUACUUCCACCUGGUUUGACAAUCUAACAAAUCUGAAGGAACUCCAUCUUGAAUUCAACUAUUUACUACAAGAAAUUGCUUCAGGGGAAUUUUUAACGAAACUACCCAAUUUACAAAUCCUUGAUCUGUCGUUCAACUUUCAAGAAAGCAAAUAUUUACCAUCUAUUAAUAUUUCCUCAAACUUCUCUAAGCUUCAUUCUCUCAAGAGAUUGCACUUAAAGGGCUAUGUAUUUUACAAACUUGAACAGAAAAAUUUUGCACCCCUUCAGAGUCUUCGAAACUUAACAACUAUCGACUUGGGCAUUAACUUUAUUACGAAAAUUGAUUUUAAAAUUUUCCAAGAUUUCCCCCUUCUGAAAGUUAUUUCCUUGUCAGAGAACCGUAUAACACCCACAAUAGAUCACACAAACAACCCCUCUUUGCCAUAUCAUCUCCUUAAAUCCGGCUCAACCGUCACCAAGUUUGAUCCCCACGCGAAUUUUUAUCACAGCACCAAACCUUUAAUAAAGCCACAGUGUGCUGCUUAUGGCAAAGCCUUGGAUUUAAGUUUAAACAAUAUUUUCCUUAUUGAGAAAAAUCAAUUUGAGCCUUUUCAGGACAUUGACUGCUUAAAUCUGUCCUUCAAUGCUAACAAUCAAGUGUUGAGUGGCACAGAAUUCUCAGCCAUGCCCCACCUCAAAUAUUUGGAUUUAUCUCACAACAGACUAGACUUUGAUGACAACAAUGCUUUCAGUGAACUUCAAGAACUGGAAGUGCUCGACCUGAGUCACAAUGAACACUAUUUCAGUAUAGCAGGGGUAACACACCGCCUAGGAUUUAUCCAGAACCUAAUGAACCUCAGUGUGCUAAACCUGAGCUACAAUGGCAUUUACACGCUCACAGAGGACAAAGAGCUGAAAAGCAUGUCUCUGAAAGAAUUGGUUUUCAGCGGAAACCGCCUUGACCUUUUGUGGAACGCAGACGACAACAGUUACUUGACCAUUUUCAGAAAUCUCAGGAAUCUGACACACCUAGACUUAUCUUACAAUAACCUUCAACAAAUCCCCAAUAAAGCAUUCCUCAGCUUGCCCCAGAGCCUCGAAGAGCUGCGAAUCAAUGGGAACAGGUUACGUUUUUUUAAUUGGACCUCCCUCCAGUAUUUUCCUCGGCUCCGUUUACUGGACUUACGGAGAAACAAGCUGUAUUUUCUAACCAAUUGCCUAUCUAAGUUUACAUAUUCCCUGGAAACAUUGCUGCUGGGCCAUAAUGAAUUCUCUCACCUGCCUCCUGGCUUUCUCUCUGAAGCCAGUAGUCUGGUCCACCUGGAUCUAAGUUUCAACAUGAUAAAGAUGAUCAAUAAGUCCUCCCUGCAAACCAAGACUGAAACACAUUUGUCUGUUCUGGAACUAAGUGGGAACCAUUUUGACUGCACAUGCGACUCAGGUGAUUUUCGAAGCUGGAUAGAUGAAAACAUGAACAUCACAAUUCCUCGACUAGUAGAUGUUAUUUGCACCAGUCCUGGGGAUCAAAAGGGGAAGAGCAUCAUGAGUCUAGAGCUCAUGAUGUGUCUUUCAGAUACCACUGCAGUGAUCCUGUUUUCCCUCACAUUCCUCAUCACCGCCACGGUUAUGUUGGCCACCCUGGGUCACCAUCUGUUUUACUGGGAUAUGUGGUUUAUCUAUCACAUGUGUUCAGCUAAGUUAAGAGGCUACAGGUCCUUGGCCACAACCCGAACUUUCUACGAUGCUUACAUUUCUUACGACACCAAAGAUGUGUCUGUUACCGACUGGGUCAUCAAUGAACUGCGCUACCACCUUGAAGAGAGUGAAGGCAAAAAUGUCCUCCUCUGCUUAGAGGAAAGGGAUUGGGAUCCAGGGUUAGCCAUCAUCGAUAACCUCGUGCAGAGCAUAAACCAGAGCAAGAAGACAAUCUUCGUGUUAACCAAAAAAUAUGCCAAGAGCUGGAACUUUAAAACAGCUUUUUACUUGGCCUUGCAGAGGCUAAUGGAUGAGAACAUGGACGUGAUUAUCUUCAUCCUCCUGGAACCCGUCUUGCAGUAUUCCCAGUACCUGAGGCUGCGGCGGAGAAUCUGUAAGAGUUCCAUCCUCCAGUGGCCUGACAACCCCAAAGCAGAAAACUUGUUUUGGCAAAGUCUGAAAAACGUGGUCUUGACUGAAAACGAUUCACGGUAUGACAAUUUCUACACUGAAUCCAUUAAGCAAUAUUGAUACCGGGAAGUCAUGACUCCGCGCCAUCCUAAAAACACAUAGCUUCUCUUUGCCAAGGACUGUGGUGAGUGCAGAAACUCAGGGCUGCUCAAGGUGCUGCUCGUCGCUAAACAGGAGACUUGCAUCAGCCCCUCUAAGGCUCAGGUAACUUUGUGGAAGAGGCGGUCGAAAGAAUGUAUGAGCUGGAAGACGUGGAGAAGGGCUGAGGAUGCUCUCUUGUGGGCAUGACACAGCCACUGUGAUCAUGAUCUCAUAGCAACUAUGGUUGCCUGCAGGGGUCUGCACAGAAGUACUGACUGUGAAAAAGACCCUUGUUGGGAGGAGGGUAGGUUAGCCACAGUGGGAGGGAGAGAGGAAAAGGUGGACAUGUGAGUAACUAUAAUGCAUGGGUCUCCUUCAGAGACUUGCCUGUGGGAUCCACUCCCAAGUUCACACCCAUGCAAUUGUCCUCAAGAUUCAGUUUCUCCUGUGUGUUAGCCAAAGACUGCUCUCAGCUGCCUGCUCUGUGGACCUCUCUCCCAAGGCUUCAUCAAAGUCAACAAGAGGGGACACAGAGGUCUACAAGAGUCAGCCUUUUGGAAGUUAAUCGGGUAAUUGAUAGCCCGCCACUGCAGCUGUAUUCUAUUUGAUCGAAGUCAACCACAGCUACUACCAGCUUCAGGCACCAAAUUCCUCAGGUCUGGGGAAAGCUACUGAAAACCAGAAUAACAGAGCUAGGAACAUCUCGGCUAAGAGAAAAUAGUCUGACCAAGAUGAGCGAUUGUCUGAGUCAGUCAUUAACCAUUUCCUUGGACUGAAAUUCAGGGACAGUCUGCCAUCUUUGUCACAGAUCAUCAAUGUCAGAGGGUUAGAUCACAUGGGCAAUCAGCAGGCAGCCUAUUUUACCUACAUUUCAAUUCCUAAGAACAUUUGACAUUAAGAUGCUGGUGAAAUUGAUGCUAUAGAUAUGGCUAUAGAGUUAUGUUACAUUGUGAUUGCAUUAAUCUUUCUUUUACAAUGACUUUUUAAAAUAUUUUUGAGAUUAUAAUUCCAACAUUUCCUGCUUCUCCUUUCUCCCUCCAAACCCUCUCAGGCAUUCCCUCCAACUUUUACAAAUGCUGUCUAUGAUAUUUACUUUUAAGGUUUAGAUGAAAUUUAAAAACUGAAAAAUGACAGUUUUUUUUAAAUUCCUUUUAUUGUUUUUUUAACAAUUUUAAAAGCAUCCAUUUAAAUGAAAAGCUCUUGGAGUGUUUGUUAAUUCCCAUUUGGUGAACAUCUUAAAAUGAAUGAUUAAAAUUUCUGCAUUUUACAAAUGUGUGAUAAAUCUAUAGCAGGAAAUUAGAAUUGUAAUAUAAAAGUUAUCAUCUGCAUUGAUUAUUAUUUCUUUUUUGAAAAAUCUUCUGGAAAAUCAAAAGGCAUGCAGGUUUCAUAUGAAGAUUAUUACAGGAAUUAAUUCUAUCUUAUUUCAGUAUCAGAAGAAAAAAUCCAAAUAUCUAUUGGUAUCUUUUAUUAAUUCUCCCGAAGAGAACAAGUUUGACACUUCUCGCUGCAUCUAAAUGUGUCUUGCUUCUUUUGGUCAGUUUAUCGCAUCCUCUGUCUUUUAUCAACAUGAAACAUGUCAUGAAAUUUAUAUGAGAACAACUGGAGAUUAUGCAAAUAUAAGAACAUGGGGCCUGAGAAGAUAGCUCCCUUGGUAAAGUGCUUGCUUCAUGAGGAGUCCUCAUAACACUAGUUAAAAAAAAAAACAGAUGUGGUAGAGUGUGCUUAUAGUCUCAGGCCUGGGGGAGUAGAAAGAGGGCUUGAUGGCCAACCAGCCUAUUGCAAUCAAGGGAGCCCUAGGUCUCAGUGAGUGACCCCACCUCAAAAUGUCAAGGUAGAUGAUUCCCCAGGAGAACGAUGCCAAUGUUAUCUCCACAUACAUUAACAAAUUCAGCUACACUCUGGUGGGGGAAAGAGAGAGAGAGAGAGAGAGAGAGAGAGAGAGAGAGAGAGAGAGAGAGAGAGAGAGAGAGAGGAGAAUCCCUCUAAAUGUAAAGAAGAAUCUUCAACGCACCAUCUUGCCUUCAGUACAGUUUACAUUAGCCUUGUUAAGUGCAGCUUCGGUUAACCUUAACCUUGCAGGAUAGAAUAUUCUAAAAUACGCAUUUCUAAGAACUUCACCAAAAUAGUAUGUCAAAACAUUAUUGGAUAUGGGCAAAAAGAAAUUAGAACAAGUUGGCCAACGACAAUUUAACUUUGUAACAUCGGACCUGUUUUGUGACUGUGACACAUUUGUAGAAACCAGUGAGGCAUAGGGACAAAUAUCUAAAAGAACAAGAUCAUUCUACCAAGCUGACACCCAGCAAAGAGUGGGGAGGGCAGUCAGAGAUUCUCUUUUGUCUUGGUCGCUUUGGGCUGUGGUCUUGUGGUACAAAGCAGCACAGAUUGACUGGCUUACAGAUGACUGGAACGGGUUUCCAGCAGUUGUGCGGAUCUCAAAUAUGAGAUGAAGGCCCCUGCUUGACUGGGUUGUGGUUAGGAUUCUCUUCUGUAUUGCUGACUGCUUCUUAACAUGCUCAUUACAGUGAGAGUGCUCACUGGGGGCGCUUUACACAGUAGCCCAAGGGCUUCACUGCCUAAUAACUUUCCAAAGGCUUCCCUUCCUAGCAACCAUACUAGUGGGGUUAGGCUUUCAAGAGGUGAAGUCAAGUUAGCACAAGCAAGUCAGUCUAUAGUAUCCCUGUUUUCAUGGCUUUAACUUCAUGACUGAAAAAGUCUUUUCUUGUAGUCCCGAAUAGUUUUGAUAAAAAAUUAACUAGACAUUGUUCCAGUAGUGUUACUGUUAUGUUUGAAUGGAAAUGUCCCCCACGGACCCGUGUGCUCAAACUGUUGGUCCUCAGCCAGUGGUGUUGUGGAACCUUCUGGACAUGAGGCCUAAAUAAUAAACAUCGAAUUAUGUGGGUGGGCAUUAUGGCUUACAGUCUGACACAGUUACAGCUCAGGUUCUCUAACUACUAGUAGGUUUCCUGACUACUAACAUGGGGUGACUAGUUGCCUCAUGCCCCAGCUGAAAUCCCUCCCACUGCAAUGUCUUCUCUCAUCAAGACAGACUGUUAUUGCCUCAAACUAUGUACCACGGUAAGUCCUUCUUCCCUUAAACGACUGUGGGGACCCACAGAUGUGAGCCUGUUCUGCCUUGACUUGAGGUCAGAGAGUUUGAGCUUCUUUCAGCUCUCUCAAAGUUGUUGACAACAGGUGUAGCUACAAAUCCUGGAUUAGGGUGUAGAUACUUGGUGUUUUAGACAUUAAGAUGGCCCAUAGGGGUGACUCCGCUCCACCUUGACCAAAGGGUAGGGAAUUCAAGCCUAUUCCUGCUCCUUCAUUUUAAAAUAGGGGUUUGACAUAGGGAGUGGCUGCCUACAGGAUUCUUGGUCUGGGGUUUAUCUAUUAUAUAUCCUGCCCAAAACAUCCACUGCUUUAAUCAGGAAACAAUGACUUGAUGUCUCAAGUACUGAAGCAAGAACUGUUCUGGUCGUCCUUUGUGUCAUGUUAAAGCAGUCUUUUGCCUUCUUCCCCCACUUCUGUAUUGGGGUAUAGAAGUGUAUGGAAAAUAAAUGCAUGUGGAUUCAGUAUUCAGUAUAUACUAAGUAUACAGUAUCCUGUGUCUCUGUAUUUCUUUCCUAUCUCUUUUCCUUCUACCUAAUGGUUCUAAUACACACACCCUUACCCUGGAACGGACAAACCUGCCAUGGCUGGAUGGCAACAGAAGCCACCCCAAAAUGUGACUUAUGACAAGUUACUUCUUUAUGGGCUUUUCCUCACAGAGAUGAGAAAUGAAACCAAUGCAGGAAGUCGGGAAGGAUCUAUAUGAAACACAAGCUCUUUGGGAGAAGUUUGUUGACAGAAUCAAGAGUUAAGGAAAGGGACAAACAGUUUGACUUUCUCCUUAGCCAGUGUUCUUAGGGGAGAAAGUGAAUUCAUCACUCAAGUUUCUGGUAUGAGAAAUUCAGACUUGACAUUUGUUGAUGAAAAACUUACCAUUGCUCUUAUUUUUAUUAUUAACUUAAAAGCAUAUAUGCUAGUGUUUACAAAUGGGUUUUAAAUUUUCAAAUGUUAAAAUGGAAGAUACACAAUGAAUCAUAAAUCUUUACACAUCCCACUUUUUCCUUCCCAAGAAAUCUCUCUGUAUUAUAAGAAAUCAUAAAGGUUAGGUUGUUAUAGUAGAGAGAUUCAAUAAAUACUUUUCUUUCUCUGUACCAAUAUAUUAGUUACUUUUCUUGUUGCUCUGACAGAAUAUCCAAUGAAAACAACUUGAAGAAGGAAGAGUUCAUUUUGACUGACAGUUUGAGGGUAUAGUCUGUUGUGGCUAGGGAGGCAUGGUGACAGGAGCUUGAAGCAGUUUUUAUAUUGUGUCUGCAGUCAGGAAGCAUAGGGAAAUCAAGGCUGAUAUUCAGCUCAUUUUCCUUUUUAUUCAGUCCAGAAUCUCAGGCUAAGGUAUGGGUCAUUCAGUUAAAGUGGACCUUCUCACCUCCAUUUACCUAGUCUAGAUAAUCCCCCAUAAGGCAUAUCCAGUAGCAACCCUAAUUCAGAAACUCUCUUACAAACAUCCCAUGAGGUCUGACUCCUUGGCAAUUCUAGAUUCUGUCAAGUAGAUGAUCAACAUUAGCCAUCAUACCUACCAUUGAUUGACCUAAUAAAGACAGUUGGAGUUAAUAUCAAGACUCUACUCUGCAUGGGUGUCCAAGUUCCCUUGCUCUUGCUAUACUGCUGUGCCCUAGAAAAUUAGCAUCAUCUGCAUGGCCUGUACUAACUUACUACAACAACUAGAUUCAAUUCAAAAUGUCCCACACAGGGGCUGGAGAGAUGGCUCAGAGGUUAAGAGCAUUGCCUGCUCUUCCAAAGGUCCUGAGUUCAAUUCCCAGCAACCACAUGGUGGCUCACAACCAUCUGUAAAGGGGUCUGGUGCCCUCUUCUGGCCUGCAGGAAUAUACACAGACAGAAUAUUGUAUACAUAAUAAAUAAAUAUUUUAAAAAAAAUGUCCCACACAUUGUGACAAGGGCUCAAAAAUCAAGACAAACUACAAUGGUAUAGUCAUAAUAUCUAGUCUCACCCAUGACAUGUUGUCUUUGUCCAUCAGUGAAGACCUAAUUGACUGUACUUAACUACUAAGUCUGCUAGGAAAUACACUAAGCAAAGUUAUAAUAAUGGAAGAAAAGAAAUACAGAUUUAGUAUACUCCUAAGAGUUUCUGCCACAACUCCUAGUUUUCAGUACACAUCCAAGCCUUUAUCUCUUCUUCAACCAUAAAAGAAAAAACAAGAACACAUCUCCUUUUUGGUUUGGUCUGGAUUUGCUUGCAAUAUUUCUCAAAGUGUAGACUUUUUCAAAGCUUUUUUAAAUUAUUCAUUUUUAUGUCAUGCAUUUUAGUGUUUUGCCAGCAUUAUGUAUAUGCACCAUGUAGGUGCUGGGUAUUGAACCUGUGACUCUGCAAGAGCAACACAUGCUUGGAACCACUGAGCCAUCUCUCUUAUCCCUCAAAAUGCAUACUUUUCAACAAGUAUAUAACAUCUGCUUUAAUAAAUACACCAUAAUGUAUUUUCCCAUUCUUUUACUGCUGAACAUUUGGAUCGCUUCCAAUAUUUUGCCAUUGGAAAUAAUCACAUAAGACUUAUGUCUUUGUGUUUAUAUACACAUGUUGAAAGUAAAAUAAUUUCAGAGCAAUAACACUUAAAGAGUCAUCUGAAGAUCAGUGAACUGAAUAUUCCUGGUUUGUGAUGAGGUCAAUACAGAAAUUGUGAGUUUCUGUAUUUGACCAUAUCAAAUCGAUGAGAUCAUGACAUCCAUGAUCAGUGAUUUUUUUGGCAGAUGGGAAAGUUUUUCUAAAUCGUAUUUUCUAUCACAGGCAGAUAUGUGCCCUAGUCAUUUCACCGCAAAGCUAAUAAAUAACUAUUUUUUUUUUUUUUUGG